GGCGGCGAGCGGGCCCCGGCCCCGGCUUCCCCUCGGCCCGGCGGGCGGUGCGAGCCCCUUGCCCCACGCGGGGAGGGCAGGGGUCUGAGCGGGGAGGUGGUGCGAGGGGAGGGGUCCCUUCUAGGCCCUGGCUCGGCCUGCCCGGAGCGCUGAGGUGCCUGAGGGACAGGCCUGCGGUACGCCGCCCCCCUCCGAGCCCCCGCUGGCUCGUUUCUUGCCCGCUUUGCUCUCUUGGUUCGCUUCCUUCUUUUCCCCGGCUGUGAACCCCUUAGGCCAAGCGGGGGGCAGCUGGUGGCCGAGCUCCGUGCCCCCGGCCCUGGGGGCGGCUGGCAGGCGAGGGUGAAGAUGCCUUCAGCACAAAAGCCGAUGCGGUACGGCCACACGGAAGGUCACACGGAUGUCUGCUUCGAUGACGCCGGGAGCUGCAUUGUAACUUGUGGCAGUGAUGGAGAUGUUAGGAUUUGGGAAAACCUGGAUGAUGACGAUCCAAAGUCCAUUGAUGUGGGAGAAAAGGCCUAUUCAUGUGCUCUGAAGAAUGGGAGACUGAUCACAGCAAUAUCAAACAACACUGUCCAGGUGCAUACAUUCCCUGAAGGAGCUCCAGAUGGGAUCCUCACUCGUUUCACCACGAAUGCAAACCAUGUCAUCUUUAAUGGUGAUGGCACCAAAAUUGCUGCUGGAUCAAGUGACUUUCUGAUCAAAGUGGUGGAGGUGUCUGACAGCAGCAAGCAGAAAACAUUCCGAGGACACGACGCUCCUGUUUUAAGCCUGUCUUUUGACCCCCAGGAUAUUUACUUGGCAUCGUCGAGCUGCGAUGGAUCUGUCAGGGUAUGGAAAAUUGCAGAUCAGACAUGCACAACAAGCUGGCCACUGCUGCAGAAAUGUAAUGAUGUGAUAAAUGCUAAAUCAAUAUGCAGGCUUGGCUGGCAACCUGGCAAUGGGAAGUUGCUGGCAAUCCCUGUAGAUCAGGUUGUUAAACUCUACAGAAGAGAAACCUGGGACAGUCAGUUUGAUCUGUCAGAUGCAUUCAUCACACAGUCCUUGAAUGUUGUGGCCUGGUCUCCUUCUGGGCAGUAUCUGGCAGCUGGAAGUAUAAAUGGGAGUAUAGUGGUGUGGAAUGUGGAAACCCAGGGGUGCAUAGAGAGGAUGAAGCAUGAGAAAAAUUACUCAGUUUGUGGACUGGCAUGGCACCCUAAAUACAACCACAUUGCUUACACAGACACUGAAGGAAAUCUGGGGCUGUUGGAACAUAUUGGUGAUGGAAAGAAAGCAGAUGACAAGGUUGCCAGUACAGUGACAAAGGACUACAAUGAUCUCUUUGAUGGAGAAGAUGAUGACUAUUUAAAUGGAGAUAUUGAACCACAGUCUUCCCCAAAGCCUGGAGCUGAUGAAGAUGAUGAUGAUGUCAUGCCAGCUUCAGCCCAUCUAAGAAGGGCAAUAGUUGAUGAUGAUGACAACUCACUAGAUAUUGGGAUGAUAAAAGCUAAUUCCAGUCUCCUGGAAAAGGAAGAUGAUGAUGAUGAUCAGCCUGGUGGCUUUCCAGCUUUACCACCAACAUCCACACAGCAACCUUUCUAUGAUGGGCCAAUGCCAACCCCCAAGCAAAAGCCAUUCCAGUCUGGCUCCACUCCUGCCCAUCUCAUGCAUCGUUUCAUGGUGUGGAAUUCUGUUGGCAUCAUUCGGUGUUACAAUGACGAACAGGACAAUGCCAUCGACGUGGAAUUUCACGAUACCUCCGUACACCAUGCAACACACCUGCCCAACUCCCUGAAUCACACAAUGGCUGACCUCUCUGCUGAAGCUAUCUUACUGGCCUGUGAGAGCACAGAAGAGCUUGCAAGCAAGCUGCACUGCAUUCAUUUUGGCUCGUGGGAUGCAAACAAGGAGUGGACAGUGGAUAUGCCAAAGGAUGAAGACAUCGAGGCCAUCUGCCUAGGGCAAGGCUGGGCUGCUUGUGCCACUAGUGCUUUGCUGGUUCGUGUGCUCACAGUUGGAGGAAUUCAGAAAGAGAUCUUCAGCCUUCCAGGCCCAGUGGUGUCUAUGGCAGGACAUGGAGAGCAGUUGAUGGUUGUUUAUCACAGAGGAACUGGCUUUGAUGGGGACCAGUGCCUUGGAGUCCAGCUGAUGGAACUAGGAGAAAAGAAAAGACAGAUUUUGCACGGAGAGCCUCUUUCCCUGACAAGGAAAUCCUACUUGGUAUGGCUUGGAUUCUCUGCAGAAGGUACCCCCUGUUACGUGGAUUCCGAAGGACUCGUCCGGAUGCUGAACCGAGGGCUGGGGAACACUUGGAUUCCAGUCUGUAACAUGAGAGAGCACUGCAAAGCAAAAUCAGAUCAUUACUGGGUGGUUGGCAUCCAUGAGAAUCCCCAGCAGCUCAGGUGUAUUCCUUGUAAAGGAGCUCGAUUCCCUCCUACGCUGCCCCGGCCUGCUGUAGCAAUACUAUCCUUCAAACUUCCUUACUGUCAAGUUGCCACAGAAAAGGGACAGAUGGAGGAGCAGUACUGGCGUUCUGUUGUGUUUCACAACCACACAGAUUACUUAUCAAGGAAUGGCUAUGAGCUGGAUGGAACUGCUAAAAGUCAGGCACUGAAGGAACAGCAGGAACUGCUAAUGAAGCUUUUUGCUCUGUCCUGCAAGCUGGAGCGUGAAUUCCGCUGCAUGGAGCUUGCUGAGCUCAUGACUCACAGCGUUGUGAAUUUAGCGAUCAAGUACGCCUCUCGCUCCCGAAGGCUGAACUUAGCUCAGAGACUCAGUGAAAUGGCUGUAGAAAAAGCAAGAGAGUUGGCAACAGCAGAGGAAGAUGAAGAGGAGGAGGAGGAGGAUUUCCCAAAGCCCUCACGUGCUGGCUUUCCCUCUGAAUGUGGCAACCACUUCCUUCCUGAUGGAUUCCUUCCAUUUAGUUACAGCAACUCUGCCAGGGAGUGGAGUCGGCAGCCAGUCAGAAGUGUUCAGCAGGACCAAGAAAUGGAAGGUGCUGAGGAGAGUGAUGCCUGUGAGGAGGAAGAAGAAACACCAGAAGUGCAUAAACAGAGGCCAAAUCCUUUCUCCAGGAGUGCCACCUCAGCAGAGGUCCCUGCUCCUAAGUCCAUAGUUGUGAUUACAUCAAGCAGCCAAGGACGAGUGAAUCCCUUUAAGGUGUCAUCUAACAAAAAGGACCCAGUGGUCCCCUCAACAAAUGUUCUAGACACUAUGACCAAACAGACAAAGAAAACUUCUUUGCCUAGCAAUCGAGCUACAAACAAGCAGAACCCUCCAGUUAUAAAGCCUCUGAUUCCCAAACCCAAGUCCAAGCAGGCUUUAGCAGCCUCUUUCUUCCAGCCUCGUACACCUAACUCUAGUGAAAAAACAGUAGAAGAAAGAGAAGAAAAAGCAGGAAAUGAGUCCCAGGAGGUCAAAGUCCCUGCACAGGGGAACACUGAAAACAGAAGACCACGAACAGGAUUCCAGAUGUGGCUAGAAGAGAACAGAGCAAACAUUUUGACAGAUAAUCCUGAUCUGGAUGAAGCAGAAGUAAUAAAAGAAGGCAUGAGUCGGUUUAGAGUGCUGUCAGCUGAAGAAAGAAUGGCAUGGACUGAGAAAGCCAAAGGAGGAGCAGGAAAUGAGUUAGCAGAAGAUAAAAAGCGGAAGCGUCCCACAGCUGACGAGGAUGAAGAGGAAAAGAAAGAGGAGCAAGAAUCAGAGGACUCAAAUCUACCCAAAAAAUCAAAGCCUUUAGAGCAGUCUACAAACGUCAGACUGUCAGCUUUUGCCUUCAAGCAAAGCUAAAUCACCUGCUGCCUCCUCAGGGCCUCAUCUGGAAACGUAAGGCAGCUCUGUAGCAGCUGUGCUCGAAGAGCACUAACACGAAGAGUGCCUUGCUCCAGAGAGCCUUCUAGAAAGUCUCCUGUUAGGAAUUCUGGAGGGGAAUCUUGAAUCCACUCUCCAGACCUCUUGCAAGUUAUUCAUCUAAAGCUUGACAGCAAAACCUGUACUUCUGGACCAGGUACCUGGAAGCACAGCUCCACGCAGUGUUGUGCAGCUCUGUGCCUCCGUACAUGGCACAGGUUAAUAACUCUGGGGAGGAUAAACUACACCCAGAAGCUGUCCUUUGGUUUUAGGGAGCCAAAGGAGUGGCUCCUAUGCCUCUCCUUCUGCCUGUGCAAACAGUUGUAAGGGAAAGACACUCCCUGACAUGGGAGUGAGGGGAAGCUGCUGCUGUUGAGAUGCAUUUUCAACACUUGUGGCUGUGGCUGGUAGAGAGCAGCUUCUGGCCGUGGCAGAACUAGGGACAGAAGCUGAGUUGGGAAGGUCAGGUGAGCAAACAUCAGCCACUCUAGGCUGUGCAAAUACACUUCCCCAGUCUGUGCCUCAGCAAGGGCCAGAACUUGAAACUCUCUGUACUGCUUUAGCCCAUGUUUGCUUUCAAAAUAAAAUGUGACUGUUUCUUUAUUUUAA